AUGAUCCCCUAUGCCUUGCAUGGAGACGGAGGGCGCACUCAGAAAAAACAACCGCUGGACAUUAUUUCGCUUGAGCCUACGCUUGGUCUUGAUAGCAAAAAGGUACAGGACAACAAAUGCUUCUGUCCACAGCGCUGUACCUGCUCUUCGCCAUGGGUGAAUUCUAAGCAUAACAGCUAUCUUACGAGGUUUCUGCUGGUGGCCUUCCCAACGAAGGAGUGGCCUGGUGGUCUCCUGGAUGAUCUGUUCAGGCUUCUAGCCAACCAACUUCGCGAAAUUUUCGAUGAAGGAAUCUGCUGCCGCGGGAAGCGCUUCUUCUUUGCAUGUUUGGGCAUGAAGGGUGAUCUUGAAUUUCAUGUUCGAUCUCUGCGAAGUUCCGAAGUGAAGAGGAGCCAUGAGACCCUUGGUGUCAAGCAGUCCCGCAUGAUGUGUCUGGAAUGCCAUGCUGGGGCAGAGCAUCUGCCAUUCGAAGAUUGCAACAGUUCAGCAUCAUGGGUGGGAACGACCUAUGCAAGUUUCCCCUGGGUUUCCAGACCUCCUAUGGCUGAUAUUCCUUUUGAGAAUUGGGAGAACCUGCCUAGCCGAGCUGCUUCCUUCUUUCGCCGGGAUCCUUUCCACAUCUUCCGAUUGGGCAUAGCAAGGAAUUACCUGGCUUCGGUGAUACUCCUCUUUGCAACCCUUGGCCUCUGGGACUUGGAUGGCGAAUCCAAAGCUAUGGACAAUCGGCUGAAGCGUGCAUGGCGACACUUCCAACUCUUCAUGGAAACCGAGCAGCUUCAUGUUGGUGGUAUCAGAUCGUUUUCGAAAAAGAAAAUGCACUAUGGCACCAAGGGAUCCUACCCAUGGCUUGGAUGCAAGGGGGGGGAUACUAUCGUUCUGCUGAAGUGGAUCAGGUUGCUUGUUGUCUUGUUUCGCGCUCGCGACCCUACGCUGGAAAACCUGAGAAUCCUGGAGUGGAUUGAGCGUGCUACUGAUGGUGGCCUGGGCUUUUCGCAAGGGAUCCAUGGUCAUGGCAUUUGGCUGGGCACUGCGUGUGCAAGGCAUCUCUGCGCGUGCGUGGCCAACUUCACUGCUGGAUACUGCCAUUUAGCACAGUUCUGUUACAAGAAACACCUGUUGCUAUUUGGGAUGACGCCGAAGUUGCAUUUGUUGUGUCACUUUCGCGUCGAGCUGGCACGUGCGGUCUCUGAUGGGCGUCCAUGUUUGAACCCAGCAGUCUUUGAUUGCUCGACUUCAGAAGACUUCAUCGGUCGGGUUUGUCGUCAGAGUCGUCGCAUGGCGUUCAAGCGUGGUCGGUUCGAAAGGGACCUUCUGAACCGCUACUUGCUGAAAUGCAGAUUCGUCAUCAGCAAGUUCCGAGAUUGGGGAACGCUACGGACGCUGGCAGGCCGCUACUGUUUGGCAGCCGCUGAGAAGCAUGCAGCAAAACAGUACAACUACCAGACUUUCAAUGUGUUGCAUAUGCUUGAGAUGAAGCUUCAUCUUUAUGCUUUUAUGCCUAGGCAGCGUAACUAUUUGGUUGACCUUCGCUCGGCCAGCCCUGCAAAGGUGCACAUCCCUUAUAUAAUCAGCCAAGCUGUGAUGGGAGUGCCAGCCAGCAGUUGCUGCCAGCAGCAGGACGACGUGCCUGCGGAGGCUGUUAAGUCUGAGAGGUUAGAAAUAGAAGCCGGGCCCCACACACGUGACGGGAAUGAGGCGAGUGACAACAUGUCUGAGCAAGGCAUGGCCCAUGCACCAUCCGUCAUUGAGGCCAUCAGCUUGAGAGUGGACAGGGAAGUCGUCCGGGGAAUUCCAGUGACUCGCACCUUGCGCAACCAUGGACAGCUGUGGAAGAAAUCGCCUGCAGAUCUGGACCCGAACAGUCGUCUGAAGCUCUGGGAGAAGUCACAACUUCUCGAGCAGUUCGACGUGUUUUUUUCGCAUACGUGGAGGACACCGGGCCGGUGGAAGUUCAUUGCGCUACUGUUCCAGUAUGGCUGGCCAUUUGCGAUGGCAAGCUGGUUUUGCGCUGUGGUACUGGUCGUAAUUCUCGGUGUCCUUGGGUUGUUGCCCACGCCGUUCAUAUACCGCAUGAAUAUCUUGGGCUUUGAAGCUAGCUGUCCAUAUGCUCCCUGGGCCUACAUUUCUGGCAGCUUGACAAUGCUAAUCUCCUUGCUCGCAUUUCCAUAUUGCGAUUUUGCACACCAAUCGCCCAAGUGCUUCCUGGAUGUAGUCAGCAUUCACCAGACUGACCCAGAGCUCACGAUGCGAGGUGUGUACGGCCUGGGAGGUUUCCUCCGAGUCUCCAAAGAGAUGCGACUCUGGUGUGUUUUCGAGAUCGCCGCCUUUCGCAAGGCAAAUCCCAGUAGCCCGUUGCAUGUGAAGCCGCUCUUCGUGGAGCGCCAAGUUCUCCUCCUGGUGCUGGGUGCUGUGAUCGGCUCUGGUAUCUACUUCAUUGCGCGGCAAAGCUCGUCAUGGGGCAUCAGCAUGAUUUUUUUCACAACCAUCCCCUUGAGCCUCAUUGUGCACACCAACAGGAAGUUUAUGAAGGAGAAACACCAGUUGACAGAGGCACUGGAGAAGUUUGAGCUGAAGGACGCACAGUGCCUCCUGGAGGCCGACAGGGCCUUCGUAACCAGUGCCAUCAUCGCCUGGUAUGGCUCGGAGGAUGCCUUUACAGCCUACGUCCGUGGCCCGCUGCGCCGGGAGCUCCUAUCCUCUUCAUCAACAGAUGUUCCACUGAGCUAUGGGCUCCUGGUGGCUGCAAGCCCUUGCACCCUGGCGCUGGACGUGUGUGUGGCAAUGAUCCGUGGGGGUGCACCCGUCGAAGCUUUGACUGCUGAGAUGGUUGCUUCGGGUCUCGGCUUUGCGCUCUGUUCAACCCUUCUGUGCCUUAAAAUCACCUGGUGGCUUUGCGAUCGCUGGGCUUCGCCUGGAACCACUUGGCUCUUCGACUACUUGAAGACUCUGGCCAUCUUUUGCGUGUUUUGGCUCGUGUUUGGUGUCGGUGCGUUUGGUUCAUGGUAUCUCGAAAAAUGGACGAUGUGGGGCGCGGUAGCGUUUGGCGCUGUCUUGCUUCUAACCACGAGUCUGGCCUAUGCCCCCCGCCCAUGGCAAAGGCAGUGA